UAACCAACAUAUUUUACAUCAAAGGAUCACCAUGAUGAUAUUUAAUCUAUGCUCAAAUAACCUAACAGAGAUAAUAUAAUGAAUUGUCAUGUUUGCUAUGUAUUUUUAUAAUAUUUUUCUUUCUUUAAUUAUUUGUUAUAAGUAAACGUUCAAUGUCUGAGUGAGAGAGAUAAGUGAAAAGCUUUUUCAGGAAAGUUUUAAUAUUUAAUAAAGUUGUAUAUUAAUUCAUUCAUAUCAUGGAUGAACGUUUACGUUAUUAUGUAGAUAUGUUGAAUGAAAAUGAAAUUUCUAUUCGGAAUAAUGCUGGAUGCAUACUGUCAAAACUCUGUGAAAAGAUUUUACAUUUUCCUGAUGAAAAAACUUAUCGUAUAAUUUAUCUCAAUGAUCCUGAUGUCAUAGAAAAAUUACUUCCAGCAAGUGGUGCCAUGGAAUGUUUAUUUGAGAUAGGUUUUAUAGAGGAUGGUGAUCGUCUUUGUCUUCCAAAGACUGCAUUGCUCAAAAAAUUAGAAACUUUACAAAAGUUAUUAUCUUCAAUUAAAUUGGAAUCAAAUAUCACAAAUUUGGAUCAGAGGCAAACAAUUGCAAAAGCAACAGGAUCAUCAGUAGAAUUAUCAUCAAUAGAAAACAAAUUUUUUAACAGAAUUAUUGAACAGUUUUAUAAUGUUAUGCGAUAUGAAGAUCAUGAUUUACAAGAGAAAGCAAAAAAAGUAAUACCAGUUGUGCAAUUGGAAAUCAAGACGAUGGAAAGAUUAAGAAAAUUCCAAAAGGACAUGAAAUGUGCUCUACUUAAUAAAGAAAUGAAGUCAGAUUCAUCUUUAAAAGAAGAUUUAGUAAGUUCAAUAGAUUUAUUUUUAAUGGAACUUUUGCACUGGUUCAAAUAUGAUUUCUUUCAAUGGAUUGAUAGUCCAUUAUGUACUAGCUGUUCUAUGGAAUGUUCAUAUGAAAGUGUAAGACCUUCUUCAGAUCCAAAGUGUUCACGUAUAGAAGUUCAUAGAUGUAACACUUGCAAUGCAAUAACAGAAUUCCCAAGGUAUACAGAUCCAGAAGUAUUGUUAACUUCUAGAUGUGGACGUUGUGGGGAAUGGGCAAAUUUAUUUACACUUUUAUGUCGCUCAUUAAAUUAUGAUGCAAGACUUGUAUACGAUGUAACAGAUCAUCUGUGGACAGAAGUAUGGUCUGUUACUGAAAAUAGAUGGAUUCAUGUAGAUCCAUGUGAAAAUAUUAUAGAUCAGCCAUUGAUGUAUGAGCGUGGCUGGCAUAAAAAGUUAAGCUACAUAUUAGCUUAUUCACGAGAUGAAGUCCAGGAUGUUACUUGGCGUUAUACGCAAAAUCAGAUUGAUGUAAUGGCAAGGAGAAAAAAGUGUUCAGAAGAAAAUUUAUUAAACCUACUUCAAACAUUAAAUGAGAAACGUCAAAACUCUGUAAGUUACAGUAUGGCACGUAAACAAUAUGUUAUCAAACGCCGUCUCCGAGAGCUUGUAGGAAUGCUUAAUUUUCCAAACAUUCCAAACAACUAUGACGAUAAUAAUUAUCGCGAAAGAACAACAGGUUCUUAUGCAUGGAGAAUGGCACGAGGAGAAGUUGACCAGCACAAUGUAAAAAAAAAUUACAUAUGGGAUAUUUCUAAAGGUGGCAAAUCAUUCAUUCUUCAAUAUUUUAUUGUUAGAAAUGUGUAUAAAGUUAUAUAUUCUGAUGGCUAUAUCUUGGAACAGAAAUCUGAUUGGCAAGAGGGAGUAAAUUGUGUUGAAGGUGGAAUUUUUCAUAAAACAGAAAAUGAUUGGAAAGUGGCAUAUUUAUCUCGUUCAGCGAAUGCUGAAUAUGGAUACGUAAAAUGGUCGUUUGAAGUUCGAAAUCCAGAUUUAUGUAUAGAAACAUUUAAUUUACAGGCAAAAACUACAGUUUUUCACGGUGCGAAUAUUUCUUGGGAAGUGGAAGGCUUUUUUCCUUCUAUAAAGAAAGAGAAUACUUCCGUAGUUAUUCCUAUUUGUACAUGUGAUAAUUUUACUACAGAAAAACUAAAAGGAGCAACAAAAUUAAAUAUUACAGUAAAACUUUCUGGUGGAAAAGGUGAUCUUGCUUGGCAACAUGCUCAAUUAUUUAGAGAAAGUUUAAAUAAUACUGAAAAGCCAUCUAUGACCAUUACUAUUAAACUUAAUAAUCACAAAAACUAGUUUCUUUAAAAUCAAUAGAAAUAUUAAUAAUACGACUACACAUGAUAGGUAAAAGUUCCUGUGUAUUAUUUCAUGCAUUCGAGAAUUUGAUUUUAUUGAUAGAGAUAACUCUACAUUCCUUUAAACUCAUUAAUAAAUUAAUUAUACAUAAAUAAAAUUACAUAGAAAUUUAUUUCGACUUAUAAAUAAUUAAACUUGAUUUGUUUCCCUUUUUAGUAUUUAAUGCUAAAAGAAAUCGAUAUAAAUAAUACUUACGUACGGUUAUGACGUAUAGGAGUUCAGAGAAGGAUGUAAGAAAAUUGAAAAACAUUUUUAAAACAAAAUAUUUAAUAUAUUUUUAAUACAUAACACGUCGCGAAUAAAAUCGUCGACUAGAUAUUUAUUCCUUAAGGAACACGAUUAUUUAAAACUAUUCCUAUCAAUAUUUUAAUAAUGGUUAAGCAGCUCUCUAAUAUCUCUACAGAGAGAUGCAAAAUCUGGUCUCUUGUGACUAUGUAAGUGCCAACAUGGAUACAUAAGUUUGACAUAAAUUUGCUGUGGACAAGUAGGUGGACAAGGAAGCCUACUACCUCUUUCAAGAGCUGCUAAUAAUUCAGCACUUCCUUCUUCUAUACCUAUUUCAGAAUCACUGAUUUCAUUUGCACUUUUAUCUCUAACAUCUGAACCAACACCUGGUAACUUUGGAUCUUUACCUAAACCAAAUGUUUCAUACAUUGUUACACCAAACGACCAAACAUCUGAACGUGGUGAAAAUUUUCCAUCUCUUAAACUUUCUGGUGCAUACCUAUAAUAUAAUAAAAAUAAUUGUCCAUUUACAAAAAAAAUUAUUAAAGGAAAAAAAAUGUUUAAUAAUAGACUAUAAACAGAAUAAAAACAAAUAAUACAUAUACAAUAUAUAUUAACCAUUUUAUUGGGAGAUCUCUAUUGGUCUGAAGUAUGUAAUAAUCAUUUUUUCCAGUUACUUGGGCCAACCCAAAGUCACUGAUUUUCACUUUACUCUCAUCCGCAACUAAGAUAUUUCUUGCAGCAAGAUCUCUGUGAACAAUACUUUUAUGUCCAAGAUAAUCCAUACCAGUGGCAAUAUCUAAGGCAAAACCAAGUAAUUUUUUAUGAGUAAGCGUUUGUCGAUGCAAAGCCAAGUAACUUUGAAGUGAUCCAUGUUUUACAAAUUCCAUUACUAAACAUACUUCAGGUUCUGAUAUGACACCCAAAAUUUCUACGACAUUUGGAUGUUUUAGAGUCUGCACAAUAAAAAUUAAAAUAUGAGAAUAAAGAGAAUAAAUACAAUUACGUGAAUAAAAACAAACUAAAGAGAAAAAUAUAAAAAAAGUUGAUACCAUCUAAUUUACCUUCAUAAUGGAUAUUUCUCUUUCAAAAUCACGUAAAUCGGCUUCUAAAGCACGAGUUUUCAACUUUUUUACAGCCACUUGUUGUGGUUCUAUAUCUUUUCCGCCAUCCCUUUCCAAUAUACCUUUAUAAACUUCACCAUAAAAUCCUUGACCUAUUCGGCCUUGCAGAAUAAUAUAACAAUCCGCAUUCAACUCAAAAAUAUUUUGCAUUCGAGUGCCAUCAUCGCUUACACUACUACAAUUAUUAUUAACUAUGCUAACAUCCCCAAUACUACCGUCAUGAGUAAUACGAAGAGCAUGUGUUGUGCGAUCUGAACAGUUAAUAACACCCGCCAUUGUUCGAUCAUUACAACUCUCUAUAUCUCUAGCUGUACUUUUUAACCAACUUAAAUAAUUUGAAAGUUCUUCAGCGCUACCGGUGUAGCUUUCAUUAAUGUUAAUUAAUUCUUUUGUGUCUAGAAAAAAAAAACAUAGAUGAGCGAUUUAUUUUACAUAUGAUAAAAAAUACGAUCUUUUGUACUCACUGUCAUCGAUGUCAUCCCAAGGUAAGCUAGUUCUAUCAGUGAUAAGACUACUCGCAUGUGAUUCAGAAUUUAUGGAUUUAUCGUCUAUUGUAUCAGAAUCAUCUUCAUGUAUAUGAUCAGAAUCACUAAAUAAUUUUGGAAAUGCAGUCGCAUAUGCGUGCGUUCUUCUUGAAUUGUAUACUUGAUAGAGAAUUUGAUUGAUAUCACGCAUUAUUGCUUGAGGCUGUUUUCUUAUACCGUUAGAUUCACCCCAACAUUCCAACAUUAAUUUAUAAACUUCUGCUGGACAGCUACUUGGUAUAGGGAGACGUUUACCACUUUCAUAAUACUGAAAAUUUAUUGGAUGAUUAAGUAUUAAUAAAGGACAUAUUUUUACUCUUAA